AUGCAUAACGAAGUAGAUAACCAAGAAUAUCCUAAAGUAUGUCGUAUUUGUUUAGAUCUUAAUAGUGAUGAAGAACUUAUUGCUCCAUGUGGAUGUGAUGGACCAAACAAAUGGGUGCAUAGAUCAUGUAUUAAUGCCUAUAGAAUUUUUUGUAAUGAUCCUGUUGCUUUUGGAAAGUGUUUACAGUGUGGAGUAGAUUAUACAUUUAAACAUGUUGUUGAACAUUCUGUUCCAUGUUUAAUUACUAAGUUUAUUUUUAAAUUAAUCUUUCAAGUAUUAUUCUUAUUCCUUGCAAUUUGCUUAUUUGUAUUUAUUUCUGGAAUAAUUCCAUAUGCAAUUGAUAAUUAUUCUACUCAUUAUUUCUUAUCAGAAAAUGAUAGUACUUGUCAUUUUUUCUCUGACCCUUAUUUCUUUGUUAGAGAUAUGGUCUUAGGACUUGCUCUUGAUUGUUUUGUUUUAGGACUCUGGAGUAUCUGUGGAAUGAUUUCAAGAUGUCUAUGUGGAGAACAUAAAGAUACUAUUGAUGAAGAAUUGUCUUAUACUGAUACUCAACGUUUAGGAGCUUGUUGUAGUCUUUCAUUAUGUUGUAUGCCAUUUAUUUAUAAAAGAUCUAUAUUAUCAAGGUAUGGAUGUUGUUAUGGAUGUUUUAUGUUUCCAAAUACUUGUCCUAAUUGUCAUGAUUGUAUGGGAUGUGGAUUAUUAACUUGUAUGUGUUGUGAUUGGUGUACUGAUUGUUGUUAUGUUUCUCCUUAUCAUCGUUCAAUACAUAAUGGUAAUUGUUGUGUAUUAAGUUGUUAUCUUUGUGCUGAAGGUUGUAGAGAUUGUGCAACAACAUGUGAUGCAUGUGAUACAUGUACAGGAUGUAAUAGUUGUGAUAGUUGUAAUUGUUCUGGAUGUAAAGGAGAUUGUAAAGGAGGAAACAGUGGGUCAGGUUUAGGAGCAAUAGGAAUUUGUAUAUUAAUAAUCAUUGGUAUUAUUAUUUGUAUAGGUGCUGUAGUAGGAACCUUUGCUUUUAUUAUACUUCUUUGUUAUCUUGUUAGAUUGAAUUUCAGUUAUAUAAAGAAACAAGCAGAAUCUGAAGUCUAUAUCAUCGAUAAUUGGGAUGAGUCAAUUCAUCCAAUGCCAACUCGUGAACCACCAGUUCCUGUUUAUUAUGACCAACAACCAACAUACGAAGCUCCAAUAGUAAAGCCUCAAACAGUUAACAUGGCAGUAUUUAAUCAACAAACGGUUGACCAAACUCCAUUAUUAGGAGUUGAUAUUAAUCCUACAAUGGCUAGUGUCCCACCUCCAUCGAAUCAGUAUUAUUAA